AUGAAAAUAUGUAAAAAAACUAAAAUAUUCUUCAAAAUAUUUGUAUUUUUUUGUUUCUUUUUUAAAUAUGAAUUUGCUAGAGGUUUAUAUGAAACAAAAGCAUAUCCAUUAAUACAUAUGAUGAAUAACAAUGACUUUAUUGGCUCUAGCAUUCAUUCACUUAAAAAUAAUAUAAUAAAUUUAUUAUUUCUAUAUAAAGAUAUAAAAUUUAAAGAAAAUUAUUCAACGAUUGAUGAGUUAGCAGAUUUACAAGAUGAGACUAAAAUAGAAAGAUUGAUAAGAGAAAAAGUUCAGUAUAUUAAUAAAUUUGUAAACAAACGUCAACUAAUUAAAUUUUCAGGUUUUAUUUAUUUGUAUGAAAUAAUAAAUGAAAAUAAUAUCUAUUUUUUAAUGCAUUUUAUUAUGACAAAUAAUAAUAAUGGUAUAGUAAUAAUAUUACCAAAUAAUUCCUAUAUUGACACUAAUGAAUUUUUUAGAAUAAAUAAAAUAAAAGAAUGUGAGAAUAUUACCGCAGAGAAACUAGAAAAAAGAAUUCUUUUCUUUCAAAGUUUGAUACUAAAUUUAAAAUUAAAUCAAUCUAUAUAUUUUAUAAAAAAUGAUGAAGAAAUAGAAUACAUUUACGAUAAUUACAAAAGUAAAUUUGGAUAUUUCGAUUUAACUAGAAAUAUAAGUGUUCAAAUUUCUAAAAGUCAGAAUAUUUAUAAAUUGAAUUCUAAAAAUUUAUUUUUUUUUUUAAGUAAAGAUAACAUUAAUAUUAAUUCAAUAUUUAACAAGCAACAAAAUAAUGAAACAUUUAUUUUAACAAAAAAAAAAACGAUUAUUAUUUGUGUUGAUUAUAAUGUGUUUAAUGUAGUAAGUGAUUUUUCUUCUCAUACUACAUCAACAAAUUCAUCAAUCAUUGCUGUUAUUGAAUUAAUUAAAUUAUUUUCUGAAGUUUAUAAAAAUGAAGAUGUAAAUUAUAAUAUAUUAUUUUUUUUUACAAAUUAUUAUUAUGGUAUAUCAAAUUUUAUAGAUAAUAUCAACUCUACAUUUAAAGAUAGUAUAGAAUUUGUUGUUUGUUUAGAUAAUUUAAAUGAGUCUGAAUUUUAUAUACAUGAGACUAAAAAAGAUCAACCACAUCAUAUAUUACGUUUCUAUGAAAUAUUAAAACAAAUAAUAAAAAUUAAUAUAAAGAAAGAUAUAAAAAUGGAAACUCAGAAAAUCAAAAUUCAUAAUAAGCAUUUGCCUAAAACCCAUGAAUAUUUUGUAUUAAAAAACUUUCCAAGUUUCUCUUUAAGCUCAAAAAAUAGAACAGUUACAUUUCUUAACAGAACGCCUAUAAUAGAACAAAAAUUAAAAAAAGAUAAUUUAAAAAAUCACAUAAAAAAUAUAUUUGAAUCUAUUUAUAUUUAUAUAAAAGAUUACGAGGAAAAAUUAGAUGAAGAAAAAAUACAAAAUGAGUUGUCGUAUUAUACUAACCUGAUUAAAAGUGAUGCUAUGACUGAUCUUAAUGAAAACCUUAAUAAAUAUAAUAAGUUUUUUAUUUACAAAGAAGAUACAAUGAAAUUAUUUAAUUAUUUAAAAAUUAUAAUGAAUCAUUAUAUAAACGAUUCGAAUUUUUUGAUAAAGGAUUAUAAGAUACCUCAUGAUAAAAAACAAAAAUUUUUUUAUCAAAAAUAUGUUAAUAUUGCUUUUUCUAUGACUAUAUCAUAUAUUUUUCAUUAUAUACAUUUUCUUUUUGUCUCUUUAUUUUUAAUUAUUACAUAUCUUUUGGUAAAUUUUUAUUUUGUUCCAUCAUUUUAUAAAAACACAAUAAAAUAA